AUCGAUAUCGUGAACAUCUCAAGUGCGUUUUUAAUCCUACAUCUUUGGGUAUUAUUAUAUUAACACAAAAACAGACAGUUCCGGUUAACUGGUCCGGUUUUAAAGGGGUAAGUUCAAGAACUAUGUUAUGUGGAAGGAAAGCAGUCGAAGCCCGGAGUGUGGAUGUUGAGGGUUGUGCUUAGUCCGUGAUGAAAACCAAAAUGGCGUUUAGCUUGGACAGGACGAGCGGGGGAUAGUUCAAGAAAAGCUGGUGACUAGUAAGACGCCUUGGUGCCUGUUUACUUUUUCAGGUCAAAUCAUAACAAAGUGCCAACAUUUGGUGACACUUCCGGUUUCUUUGCGACAAACGGAUAAUAAGUGUUGACCGAGAAUUCGGCGCUGAGAGUCGCGGAGUGUCGAAGCGCUGGGAUGGGCUGAGAGACAGCGCAGGCCGCAGAGGUGCAGCCACCCAGAGAGACUGACCCACUGGCGAACAAUAGAGCCUGUGAUCAGACACACUCACGCACACACACACUCACAGACACAGGACUUUCUCCUCUAUAAGCCUUGGCUUAAUAUUCACCAGAAGCUGAAGCAGAGCGUGUUUGAAGAGCACGCAUACACCAAGUGGCGGAAUGGCCAUGGAGGCUGGGGAUGAGUUUAUUCCACCUCCAGAAUGUCCCGUGUUUGAGCCGUCGUGGGAGGAGUUCGCAGAUCCACUCGGAUACAUUGCAAAGAUACGUCCAAUCGCAGAGAAGUCUGGAAUAUGCAAGAUUCGCCCCCCACCGGAUUGGCAGCCACCAUUUGCUGUGGAGGUGGACAAUUUCCAUUUUACACCCCGUAUCCAGAGACUAAAUGAACUAGAGGCUGAGACCAGAGUGAAGCUGAAUUAUCUGGACCGAAUAGCCAAAUUCUGGGAAAUCCAGGGAUCUUCUCUCAAAAUCCCCAACAUAGAGCGACACAUUCUUGAUCUGUUCGGCUUGUCCAAGAUCGUCACAGAAGAAGGGGGCUUUGAGACGGUCAGUAAGGAGAGGCGAUGGGCGCGCGUAGCCCAGAAGCUCGGCUACCCGCCGGGCAAAAAUAUCGGCUCCCUCCUGCGGUCGCACUACGAAAGGAUUAUCUAUCCUUUUGAGAUGUUCCAGUCUGGUGCUAGCUUGCUGCAAUGUAAGCCCAGGCCAUAUGUAAGUGAGGACGUGGAUAAGGAGUACAAACCCCACUCCAUCCCCCUCCGCCAGUCAGUCCAGCCUUCAAAGACCAGCAGUUAUGGACGACGUGCCAACCGCCUGCAGUCUGAGGGUCCAGAGGAUCCGACUCACCACCCUCUUACCACUGGCUCUCAACACAGCUCCUCGCCCGAGCCCACCGAGGAGGACAUAGAGAAAAACCCAGAGCUGAAGAAGCUCCAGAUCUAUGGAGCCGGACCCAAAAUGAUGGGUCUCGGCCUGGUGGCACGAGACAAGGCAAGGAAGAAAGCUGUCUUUCUUUCAGAUGAACUUCCCCAGACCCUAAUAGUUAAGGACAACAUAAGCAUUAAAGAAGAAACCGGAGAGACGUUAAUCACAAAGUCAGAACUCGACAUCCCCCCACCGCCCCCUAACCUCAUUGUUAAAGAUGAAGUGAAGAAAAAGGAAGAGGACGAGGGCCGUGCAGUUGAUACAAAAGAUCCUAUUAAAGAUGAACCCUGCACCAAGAUGACCAUGAGGCUGAGACGCAACCUAGGCAACGCACAGUUUGUGGACUCAUUUGUGUGUCGAAUGUGUGGCCGUGGGGACGAGGACGAGAAGCUGCUGCUGUGUGAUGGUUGCGAUGAUAAUUACCACACUUUCUGCCUUCUGCCUCCCCUCACAGACCCUCCCAAGGGCAACUGGCACUGUCCCAAAUGUGUAGCAGAGGAAUGUAAGAAACCCACAGAAGCAUUCGGUUUCGAGCAGGCUACACGAGAAUAUACGUUACAGAGUUUCGGUGAGAUGGCAGACACGUUCAAGGCCGAUUACUUCAACAUGCCUGUCCAUAUGGUCCCAACAGAGCUGGUUGAAAAAGAGUUUUGGCGAUUGGUCAGCAGUAUUGAAGAGGACGUGACUGUUGAAUAUGGUGCCGACAUUCACUCCAAAGAGUUUGGGAGCGGUUUUCCGGUCAACAAUGGCAAGCGACAUUUAACUGAAGAAGAGGAGGCGUACGCACGUUGUGGCUGGAACCUGAACGUGAUGCCAGUGUUGGAGCAAUCAGUAUUGUGCCACAUCAAUGCCGACAUCUCGGGCAUGAAGGUGCCGUGGUUGUAUGUGGGCAUGGUGUUUUCUGCCUUCUGCUGGCACAUCGAGGACCACUGGAGCUAUUCCAUCAACUACUUACACUGGGGGGAGCCCAAGACGUGGUAUGGUGUUCCCUCAUCAGCAGCAGAACACCUGGAGGAAGUGAUGAAGAAACUCACUCCUGAACUCUUCGAGUUCCAGCCAGAUCUACUCCAUCAACUCGUCACGAUCAUGAACCCUAACAUACUCAUGGCCCAUGGUGUGCCGGUGGUCCGUACGAAUCAGUGUGCUGGAGAAUUUGUCAUCACUUUCCCUCGAGCCUAUCACAGUGGCUUCAAUCAGGGAUAUAAUUUUGCCGAAGCCGUCAACUUCUGCACUGCGGAUUGGCUACCCUUGGGUCGGUCGUGUAUUGAGCAUUACAGACACCUCAGACGCUACUGCGUGUUUUCUCAUGAGGAGCUCACCUGCAAAAUGGCCGCCUGCCCGGAUAAGCUGGACCUGAACCUGGCUGCAGCCACCCACAGGGAAAUGUUCAUUAUUGUCCAAGAGGAGAGGCAACUCCGCAAGGCCCUGCUGGAGAAGGGUAUAACGGAGGCGGAGCGAGAGGCUUUCGAGUUGUUGCCCGAUGACGAGAGGCAGUGUGAUAAGUGUAAAACAACCUGCUUCCUGUCAGCUCUGGCGUGCACAAACUGUACUGAGCGCCUCGUCUGCCUCUACCACACACAAGACCUCUGCUCCUGUCCCACAGACAAACUCUACCUCAGGUAUCGCUAUACUCUGGACGAGCUAUUGGCCAUGUUGUACCGGUUAAAGGUUCGAGCUGAGUCCUUCGACUCAUGGGCUAACAGAGUAAAAGAAGCUCUCGAGCAGGAGGAGGGCAACAAAAUAGACAUUAAAAAUCUGGUGGCACUGAAGGAAGAGGCAGCAGAACGUAAAUUUCCAGACAAUGAGCUGCUUCAGCGGCUUAUAGUUGUGAUGGAUGAUGUCCAGAGGUGCCAGAGCAGAAGUACAGAGCUUCUUAACAGCAAGCAGAGCAGUAAGAUGAGCCUCCAGGAGCUCCGGGCUCUGGUCGACACCAUGCUAAACCUUCCUUGUGUAAUGGAGCAGCUGGCGGAGGUGCAGGUUGUGCUACAGAAGGUGGGAGAGUUUGAGUCACGUGCCCAGGCUGUUGUAAGCAGCAGUGGUGGUGAGUGGAAACAGUCCUCGCAGCCCUCCGAAGAGGACGUGCAGGCUCUUUUAGAAGAGGGUUCUGCACUGCCGGUUGUAGUCCCAGCCUGUGGGCUCCUGUCUGGCCUGCAGGAACAGAGACGUUGGCUGGAGCAGGUGCGCAGGACGAUCGGACCUGGGGGUGGAGAAGUGACUCUGGCUGUUCUGAGGAAUUUGAUGGAGGCUGGCUGCAACGUGCUGCAGAGCGUCAGCGUCGAGACCGCCAUGGCAGAACUACAGGAGCUUUUGACCAUCGCAGAGCGCUGGGAGGAAAAGGCUCAAAUCUGCCUCGAAGACCGGCAGAAGCAUCCUCUCUCAACACUGGAAGCCAUAGUGAACGAGGCUCAGCUGAUCCCUGUGCAGUUACCCAACAUCUUGGCCCUUCAGGCCUGCCUGAGUCGAGCCCGUGCCUGGGUCACUGACCUAGAGGAGAUCCAGCAGAAUGGAGAGCACUACCCAUGUCUGGAUGACCUGGAGGGUCUGGUUGCAGUUGGCCGUGACCUUCCUGUGCGGAUGGAGGAGCUGCGGCAACUCGAGCUACAGGUGGCCAGUGCCUACUCCUGGAGGGAAAAGGCCAGCAAGACCUUUCUGAAGAAGAACAGCCAGCACAGCCUGCUGGAGGUAUUAUGUCCAUGUGUGGAGAAGAGGAAGAAGAGAGACGAAGACUCUCUGAGCUCAGAAGCAGACUCUGAUGUUGACGUUUUGGGACUCACUGCUCAGGACCUCAGAGACCCAGGAGCCAUCGUAAUGGCGUUUAAAGAGGGAGAACAGCAUGAGAAAGAGGCUCUGCUGCGCGUCCAAAAGCUGAACCUGGCCAAGCCUGGCCUCGGAAACGCACCCAAGGAUGCACAGACUACAGAUGUCAAACGUGAACAGAGGUGGAGUAAAUCGGAGGACACCGACAAGCCUCUGUCCUCAGAAAACGUCACACAACAGAACGGUGGCUCCCAUACAGUCAACCAGUCUGUGUGUGUGUGUGGUGGCCAGGCCCACGCUCUACUCUACCGCUGUCAUCUGUGCAGAGACUGGUUUCAUGGAGGCUGCGUGCCCUUCCCUUCUGUUCUGGGCCCCGUUGAUGUGCCACUUGUUAACCCACUCUGUUGGUGGGACUGGGACACACGAUUCCUGUGCCCACGGUGCCAGAGAACGCGGCGUCCACGGCUAGAAAUCAUUCUAGCAUUGUUAGUGGCGUUACAGAAACUGCCCGUUCGACUGCCUGAGGGCGAGGCCUUGCAGUGUCUCACAGAGAGAGCUAUUAACUGGCAAGGCCGAGCCAAACAAGCCCUGGAUUCCCCUGAGCUGCAGGGGGCGCUACAGAGGCUGCAGGAACUAAAAGAAAAAAAGAGCAGCGAGAAGGAAGAGAAGAAGAAGCAGGACAAGAAAGGGAAAACGGAGGAUGUUAUUGUACUGUCGGACUCCGAGGAGCCAGAGGAUGGUGUGAUCGAUCUGACCGAGGAAAGUGAUGCAGCCAACAGCAAGAGAGAGAAAGUUGCUAAUGGAAUCCAGUCUGGCGGUGAAAGUGGCAUUAAGAAGCCAGACAUUGACAAUGUAACAGGGGUGGAGUCUCUGGUGCCAUUGAUCCCGUAUCUCAAAGGGUCAGUAAUUGAACUGGCCGCUUCAACUAGAGCUCAGUUAGAGGAGCUGCAGCUAGAAGGCGACCUGUUGGAGGUGACUCUCGAUCAGACGCACACCAUCUACAGGCUCUUACAAGCAGCAUCUCCGCCACCACGCCAGGCCCUAUACACACUUAUACAGAUCGAGUUGCAGGACCAGAAGCGCUCCGGUCGUGGCAGUAGGACAAAGGACUCUAAGAGGAAAAGGAAAAGUCAAAGACCUGAAGGAGGAUCAAAAUCCACAGAGGCCUCAGAGUCAAAGAAGACACGACCGGUCAACCACACGCCUGUACAGCUACAGAGAGAGGUCUUGUGAUGUGUUGGAACUUGUAAAGGUGAAAAUCACAGAACGUGACCCACGGAAUAUCAGUUCUAAAGCCACCUGGGCCGGGAAAAAAAAAACAUUUACCCAGAGAGUAGAGGAGAUUUCAUGGACGUUUGACUUAAUAAGCUCACACACCGCUCCUUUCUUUAUACUAUUUGCACACACUCACUCCCUGUCAGUGGCGCCCGUUGUUGGGCACUGCACUCCCCGGCUUGUUUCUGGAUGGUGUGGCAUUAGCAUCACGUCUGUCCUUUUUCACUCCGACUUCUUGUGUUCCUCCAUUGUCAUGUUGUGUGCCGAUCUGCUCACGACGACUCAGAAAACUUACACUUGAGCCCUGCUGUCUGUCUGUCUGUAGCAUUAAACUGUACCACACAGUUCUGAACUCCCUGACCGCCAACUUGUUCACCUACAUAAUGUGACAUAGUUCAGCCACACUCGCACACACAAUGGUUCGGUAGUGCUGGACAUAGGAAAAGGAGCGUGGCCCAGAUGCCGUGAAAAUGACCUGUAUUUUUUAUGUACCGAGUCUCGUGUUUUGUUGAGGCUGUUGAGAGACUCUGUUUUGAUGAACUAGUUAAAAAAAAGGUAAAAAAAAUUAAAAAAUAAGGGGGAAAAUGGAUCGGGGAGGGGGAAAAACGGCAUUUGAGUUUUGGUGCUACUUUCCCCAAAUAGGUCACUGUAUAAUUACCCUCUUCUGUCUACUGACUUUAAAUUGGGUUGUUUUUUUUAACUGUUUUGUUGCUACUUUUUUCUUCUCUCUCGCUGCCAUCCCCCAAGUCCAAGGAACUGUACAAACACCUAAGUGUAACUCACUUAGUUUCAUUUUGUUUUUUGUCAUCAUUUCUAUUGAAUACAUAAUUAUCAUUAUUAUUAUUAUUAUUAUUAUUAUUAUUAUUAUUAUUGGUAUUGCAGACAAGCAACUUGUGAGUUUGUGUCUAAACAUUUUCAUUUCCAUGUUGCCUUUGUUUCUUCACUUUUGUUAGAGAAUAAAAGUUUAGAAUUGUUUUA